CCACAAUGUCUAAACCGAGGAGGUUCCCUGCUAUGACGGGAAGGUGUUUCUGCGGUGAAACUAUUUUCAAAUUAGAGGUGCCGCCUUUGUUCUGCUACACAUGCCACUGUUCCGACUGCAACAAACACACAGGCUCCGUGUUCGCAUGUUUCGCAUCCAUCGAGGCCGACUACAUCACAUCAGUGGGCAAAAUCCCACCCAAGAUAUCGAGGAAUAUACGUGCUUCGGGCCAUAUCAGAACCACGGCUUCCUGCGCGAAAUGCGGAACCAAUCUAUGGGCCACGGGUGAUCAAUCCGCUGCGACGUCCGAUGUCAAAAUCGGAGUGCUUGAUCAUCCUAAUCUCUUCGAACCGGACAUGCAUUCGUACAUUGAGAACAAGCUGCCAUGGGUCAUCUUGCCUGUGGGUGCGCGCACGUGUGAGGGCCCGUUCGAUUUCAGAAAGGAAUGGCCUGCGAGUAGCGUGAGGAGGUUCGACGCUGCUGUGAAGAGACGCGACGAGCAUCUAGCGAAGAUGAAGAAAUUGGCUGCUGAGCGAGCAGCUGCGCAACAGGCGGCUGCGCAGAAAGCGACUACGGAAGGCGACAGCAAAAGUAAAGAAAAGGAGGCGUUAGAUGUGGAAGAGGCAGAGAAAACGCCCACGGCGCAAAGUCCCGACUUCAAAGAGAAUGGGAAGAGGAAUAGCGACGGCAACGAUGAUGAGGGCGAUGAAGAUCUUGAGGAUGAUGAGGAGUUUGAGAAGAGGUAUAGGGAGACUGAGAAGGCCUUGCAGGAACGAUUGGAUAUGCUCACCGCCAAAUUAGCAGAGCAGAAACUCGACGAAGAAAAAUGAGUUGAUCUUAUCGCAUGCCU